AUGUCUACUAAGCUUGUGUGGUUUGCAGUUUUAACGUUUGCUGUACUAUUUUUCUGGCCAGCGUCGAGCGCGGUGGGAAGACGAAAUAAAGAGCUUGUAAUCGAAAAAGCUAAGACCUGCCAAACUAAUAAAAGUGAAUCUUUUUUGGUUAAAUUCACUGCGCCAGUUAACUUUUCCUCAAGCAACAACGUGGUGCGAUUUUAUGGAAACUUUUCGAUACUUCAACCGAUUCUCGCUCCCUUGGAGAUUACACUCAUCGCAUAUCGGUGUACGAUCAAUCUACAGAACUGCCAAAGAUAUAAUGCUUUACAAGUUCCUAAAAUAUGUUCGUUUCUAACCGACACCAAUUCCUUCUGGUCUCCCUUUGUCCGAAGCGUUUAUCCGACGGUCAAAUGCCCAAUUCAACCGGGGACGUACUAUUUCAAGGAUUCAGCGUUCGAUCUAACUUUUUUCACCAGCUUCCCAUUAGAUGGAUACACCUGGCAAGUGACCAUGAAGCUGUACUCUACCGCACAUACACCGAAAAAGGAGGUGUUUUGUUUCGCUUCUCAAGCCACCCUGAAAACAAUGCGACACGCUUAA